CUAAACUCGAUGUUCCAAACUUUUGGGAAGACGACGAGGCGUUACCGGGGGUGCGCGUUCCGCGCGAGGCAACCGCGGGUGCUGGUGCGUGCAUUGGCCCUCGCGUGCCAGUCGCCUCGGUGAAUUCGAAUCGGCUGGAGGCCUCGAAGGACAUCGGUAGCCCUUUUUGCAAGAGGAUGAGUUACCCGACGGCCCCAGGCUACCAGGCGUACGCCGCUGCCGUAGGGCAGAGCUAUCCCUUUGUCAAUCAGGGCUACCAAGCCUCGGGCAUGCAGCGGCAGAUACCGCAGCAGGGCUACGCGGCCAUCCAGAAUGCCCUGCAGGCGGCUGCCCUUCAACAACAGCAGCAGCAGCAGCAGCAGCAACAGCGGUACGCAAUGGGAAAUCAGGGAUACUCCCCGAAUACGACGGCUGCUGCCUACCAGACGGCCUUGGCGCUUCAGCAGCAGCAACAGCAGCAGCAGCAGGAACAACAGCAGCAGCAACAGAAGCAGCUUCAGCAGCAGCUGCAGCAACAGCUUCAACAACAAAUUCAGCAACAGCUGCAGCAACAACUGCAGCAACAGCUGCAGCAACAGCUGCAGCAACAGCAACUGCAGCAGCAGUAUGCUCGCCAGGCCCAGGCCUACCAGAACUACCCGGCGCAGGCCUACGCCGUGCCGCAGUCCACCCAGACGGCCUACCAGCAGUCGCCUGGCUACCCGGGUUCCAGAAGCUACACAGGUGGACAGAUUGGGGCUUCGGGGUACCCGCUGAAUGGAGCAACGAACUACUCGGCUGGCUGGACCAGCGCGGCUGCUACUGCUGACAAGCAGUCGAAAAGUCCAUGGGCCGCUUACCAGCAGACGACGGGGGCGUGGCCAUCUCGGUGUCCCUCACCGCAGAACGCCGAACCCGGUCGUCAAAAUUACUACUACAGCUACCCAAGCGGAAGCGGAUACCCGUCAGGCUACGGCAUUUCCAGCGUCUCCACUCCGGGCGGCUACCAGGUGCAGAGCUACGGGCACCAACAACCAGGCGUCUACCAAAUGCAGUCCCGCUAUCCACAAGGUCGCUAGCCGGCGGGGCCACCGGCCGCACGGACCCAAACCGCCGCAGGCGCCUGGACCGACGGAAAUGACAUGAGCUUGAAGGGUCGCCAAACGAAAUUAUUAAAGUAGUAUUUCCGAGGCA